AUUAAAAAUAAGUUUUCCAUGGCAUACCAAAACCCUCCUUCAAUUCCAAUCUCAGAUCCUGAAGCACCCCAAAUCAAUCCUAUUCCUACUAACCCACCAGCCACAAAAUUCUCAGCAAAAGGGGUGGUUCAGAAAGUGAGAACCAACUUGAUUUUCCGUUCAAAAUGGGGUGAAUUAAAUGGUGCCAUGGGUGACCUUGGCACUUACAUACCUAUAGUUCUUGCUCUUACACUAGCCAGGGACCUUAACCUCGGAACCACAUUGAUUUUCACAGGUGUAUACAACAUCAUCACUGGUGCUAUUUAUGGUGUCCCUAUGCCUGUUCAGCCCAUGAAGGCCAUCGCCGCCGCAUCCAUAUCGGACCCCAACUUCGGUGUGCCGGAGAUCAUGGCUGCCGGAAUAUUAACCGGUGGCACUUUGUUCGUUCUGGGUGUGACCGGGUUGAUGCAGGUUGUGUACAAGUUGAUACCUUUAUCUGUCGUGAGGGGAAUUCAACUUGGACAGGGUUUGUCAUUUGCUUUCACAGCUGUUAGAUAUGUGAGGAACAUUCAAGAUUUGCCAAAGUCUAAAUCUUUGGGUCAUAGGCAUUGGCUUGGGUUGGAUGGUCUUGUUUUGGCCAUUGUUUGUGCUUGUUUUAUUGUCAUAGUGAAUGGUGCUGGUGAACAGAACCGUGAGUGUUGUGCCCCUGCAGAAAGUGAUGAUUUGGGUGGCCAAAGGAGGAGGAAUGAAAAUAGGACAAGCAGAGUGAGGAAGAUUAUUUUCUCACUUCCUUCUGCUUUCAUGGUCUUUGUAUUGGGUGUUGUUUUGCUCUUCAUAAGGAAUCAUCAUGUGGUGCAUCAAAUCAAGUUUGGACCAUCCUCCAUACACGUGGUGAAAUUCUCUAGGGAAGCAUGGAAGAAGGGUUUUAUAAAGGGUGCAAUUCCUCAACUACCGUUAUCAAUUCUGAACUCUGUGGUAGCUGUUUGUAAAUUGUCAUCUGAUUUGUUCCCAGGAAGGGAAUUUUCUGCAACAUCACUGUCAGUGACAGUGGGGUUGAUGAACUUGGUGGGUAGUUGGUUUGGUGCUUUACCAAUGUGCCAUGGGGCUGGUGGACUUGCAGGACAGUAUAAAUUUGGUGGAAGAAGUGGUGCUUGUGUGGCACUUCUUGGUGCAGCAAAAUUGGUAUUGGGGUUGGUGUUAGGGACUUCUUUGGCACACAUUUUGAACCAGUUUCCAGUGGGAAUAUUGGGUGUGUUGCUUCUGUUUGCUGGGAUUGAACUGGCCAUGUGCGCUAGGGACAUGAAUAGCAAAGAAGAUUCCUUUGUGACCCUUAUUAUCACUGCAGUUUCAUUGGUUGGGUCAAGUGCAGCUCUUGGCUUUUUGUGUGGAAUGGUUGUUUAUGUGCUUCUUAGGCUAAGGAAUUGGACAAAGGAUAAACCACUUUCUACCAUUUGGAUGCAGAAAAGCCCCGACCAACCCUGAACCCUGAACCAAAUUAAGGAUAUAUGUAUAGGAUAUUAAUAUUGUUUGCUAUUGCAUAUCUAGCGGUCUUUUUAAUUUGUGCAAAUAUAUGGCUUUCAAAAAUCAUGUUAUUAUUAAUG